AUGGCGGAGGCCUUCGAGCGCUUCAAGCGCUUCGAAUACCGACAAAACAGCAACCUCGUGCUGCAGCGCGACCCCUACCUCACGGGGGCCCCCGGGGGGGCCCACCAGGGCGAGCCCACGGGCGAGCCGGAGUCGCUGGCGGGCCGCAAGUUGUACCCCAUGGGGGACAAGGCCGAGCGGGGUUUGAAGAAGGAAGAAAAGGAAAAAAUCGGAAAAAGAAGAAACAAACUCAAGGAAGGAGGCCUUGCCAAAAGAGCCAAACUCCGGAGCCGGACGCGACGGCGGGAGUGGCGGUGGUAUUUGACGAAGAGGAAGAAGGCGAAGAGGACUUGGACUACUCGGACAUGGAGGCGGAGGGAGAAGAAGACGAAGACGAAGAAACUGAAGAACAAGAAGAAAAAGAAAAGACUUAUUUGGCGGCGAAGAACCUCGACGAAGAAGAAGUGGACAACUCCGAAACGCAGUACUCACUCGACGUUUCCAAGAUCGACCCCCACUGGCUGCAGCGGGAACUCCGUCUUUGCAGAUCCGAACCAAGCCGUGGCCACUGAGAAGGAAAUCUUGUCGAUUUUGCCGAUUCCGGACAUUCAGGAGUGCGAGAACAAGUUGGUGUUGAUUUUGAAGUACGAGAACUUCGAACUUGCGAAGAAAAUCCUCAAAAACAGGUGGAAGCUCUUCUACUGCAUUCGCCUCGGCCAGGCCCAAACCACCGAGGAAAAGGAGGGCAUUCGCGAGGAAAUGAAACUCUCCCAAGAAGGCCAGGAGGUCCUCGAGCUCCUCGACGCCCUCACCUCCAGGCGCAACAAGGAGAAGGAAGUCACCCUCAAUGUCCGCAAGGAAGCAGCAACGCUUGCUGCCAAGGCCCAGGCCCGGGACGCCUCCCUUCGAGCCGCAGAGGCCGACGACGACGCCACCGCCCUCGGCGGAGGCUCCCACGGCGCCCCCGGCGGCCACGUGGGACCUUCUAGCCAAGCCGCCCAACGCAAACCCACGGGAUCUGUGGACUUGCAAAGCAUUGCUUUUCACCAGGGCAGCCACUUGAUGGCGAACGCGAAGGUCAAACUGCCCGACGGGACGCAGCGGAUUGAGACUAAGAGUUACGACGAAGUGAUCGUGCCAGCUCUGAAGCGGCCGGCGGAGAAGACCGAGGGGCUGGUGCUGGUGUCUUCGAUGCCGGAGUGGAGUCAGCCGGCGUUCGCGGGAGUCGGAGUUGACCGACUUAAUGCACUGCAGUCGAAAGUUUAUGACAUUGCUUUCAACGCUUACGAGGAAAAUCUGCUGUUGUGCGCGCCGACGGGGGCGGGGAAGACGAACGUGGCGAUGCUGGCGAUGUUGAACGUGAUCGGGCAGUACAGACACCCGGCGAGCGGCGCGCUGGACUUGAAAGGAUUCAAAAUCAUUUACAUUUCGCCGAUGAAGGCGCUGGUGGCGGAGCAGGUGCAGGCCUUUUCGCAGCGGCUGCAGCCGUUUGGAGUUUCCGUGCGGGAGCUGACGGGCGACGCGAACUUGACGCGGGAGAAGAUCGAGGAAACGCAAGUCAUCGUCACAACUCCGGAAAAGUGGGACAUUAUAACUCGGAAAGCGGGCGAAAGAGCUUACACGCAGCUCGUUCGACUUGUGAUCUUUGACGAAAUCCACUUGCUGCACGACACCAGGGGCCCCGUGCUAGAAGCCAUAGUGGCCCGCACCAUCAGGCAAAUUGAAAUGUCGCAAGAACACAUCCGACUGGUGGGGCUUUCCGCGACUUUGCCCAACUACGAAGACGUGGCGGUCUUCCUGCGAGUCAAGCCGGAGCGGGGGCUCUUUGUCUUCGGCAACCACUACCGCCCAGUGCCUCUGAAGCAGACUUACAUUGGAAUAAAAGACAAGAAAGCCAUCCGCAGAUACAACACGAUGAAUGAUGUCACUUACGAAAAGGUUCUGGAGUGCGCUGGGAAGAACCAAGUGCUCAUCUUUGUGCACAGCCGCAAGGAAACAGUGAAGACGGCGAAGUUCAUAUGCGACGCGGCUCUUCAAAAAGAUACGCUGCCGCGUUUUCUGCAGAGUUUUUCUGCAAGUCGGGAGAUUCUGCAGGCGGAGGCGGAGGCUGUCAAAACCCAAGACUUGAAAGACCUGCUGCCUUACGGCUUCGCCGUUCACCACGCGGGACUUCCCCGAACGGACAGAAAACUCGUGGAGGACUUGUUUGCUGACAGACACAUUCAAGUUCUCGUGUCCACUGCGACUCUGGCCUGGGGUGUCAACCUUCCCGCCCACACGGUCAUCAUCAAAGGAACUCAAGUGUAUUUGCCGGAGAAGGGCGCGUGGUCGGAGUUGUCGCCAAUGGACAUCUUGCAAAUGAUGGGCCGCGCGGGAAGGCCGCAGUACGACACCGGCGGCCACGCGAUCUUAAUAACUCAGCACAGCGAACUUCAGUUUUAUCUUUCUUUGAAUAAUCAACAACUCCCAAUUGAGUCCCAAAUGAUCCAGUGCUUGCCAGACAUGCUCAACGCCGAGAUCGUGCUCGGAUCCGUGAGAAGCAGAGAAGACGCUGUGCACUGGCUGGGGUACACGUACUUGUACGUGCGGAUGCUGAAGGCGCCUUCGCUGUACGGCGUGCCGCCGGAGUUGGUGUUGGGGGACAAACUGUUGGAGCAGUACUGCAUAAACUUGGCGGACUCUGCGUUGAAAACUCUGGAUCGGCACUUUUUGAUAAAAUACGACAAGAGAACUGGCACAAUCCACGUGACAGCGAUGGGGCGGGUGGCGAGCCACUACUACAUAAAGCACCAGACCAUUGCGGUGUACAACGAGCACUUGAAACCGACUCUGUCGGAUAUCGAACUCUUGCGGCUUUUUUCGCUGUCUUCGGAGUUCAAGUACAUGCCAGUUCGCGAAGAAGAGAAGCUGGAGCUGCAGCGGCUCAUGGAGCGAGUUCCAAUCCCCGUUAAAGGCUCUCCCGAUGAGCCUUCUUCGAAAGUUAAUGUUCUGUUGCAAGCUUACAUCAGCAAGCUGAAGCUGGAGGGCUUCGCCAUGAUGGCCGACAUGGUGUACGUACAGCAGAGCGCCAGCAGAAUCCUCCGCGCCAUCUUCGACAUUUGCUUGCGAAGAGGUUGGGCACAACUUGCAAUCCGCUCUCUUCAACUUUGCAACGAAGUCCAGGGCCGCAUGUGGAGCACCAUGACUCCUUUGCGGCAGUUCAAAGUCCGUCUUGUUUUAAAAGGUCUUCUCGACUUUCAAGAAAUCCUGCAGUCUGUGCCAGCACUUGUGCUUUUUGCAUUCAAAUUCCUUCUAUUUGCAAUUCAUUUAGUGCAUUUUGCAUUAAAAUCUGUUCUGUUUUCCUUUUAA